AUGGUGGCGAUCGAGAACCAGAGCCAGGCCCAGAGGCCGGCGGAGUCCGCGAGGAUCCCCAAGGAGGCGCGGCGGCUCCUGCACGACCUGGCGGCGGCGUGGCCGAACGUGGCGGACUGCCGCGCGCUGGAGGUGGUGCCGCUCAAGGGCGCCAUGACCAACGAGGUGUACCAGGUGCGCUGGCUCACCGCCCCGGCCGGCGGCGAGGCGGGCGCGGGGGCGCUCAAGGAGAGGGAGGUGAGGAAGGUGCUCGUGCGGAUUUACGGCGACGGCGUCGACCUCUUCUUCGACCGCGACGACGAGCUGCGCACCUUCGAGUGCAUGUCCCGCCACGGCCAGGGCCCCCGCCUCCUCGGCCGCUUCCCCAACGGCCGCAUCGAGGAGUUCAUCCACGCACGGACGCUGUCGGCUCCCGAUAUGCGCGAUCCUGAAAUUUCAGCUCUGGUGGCUACAAAACUGAGGGAAUUCCACAACCUUGACAUGCCUGGUCCCAAGCAUGUGCUCCUCUGGGACAGACUGAAGAACUGGCUCAAAACUGCCAAGAACCUGUGCCCAACCGAUCAGGCCAACGAACUACGCUUGGAUUGCCUGGAGGACGAGAUCGCUUCGCUGGAGAAAGAAUUCUCAGGGGAUUACCACCACUGGAUUGGUUUCUGCCACAAUGAUCUACAGUAUGGCAACAUCAUGAUGGAUGAGGAGACCAACAUGCUGACCAUCAUUGACUAUGAGUAUGCAAGCUUCAACCCAGUUGCAUAUGACAUCGCUAACCAUUUCUGCGAGAUGGCGGCAGACUACCAUUCGGAAAAGCCUCAUAUACUGGACUACAGUAAAUAUCCAGAUAUCGAUGAGCAGAGGCGUUUCGUGAAGACUUACCUGAGCACUUCUCGUGAGUACAAAACCCAAUUAUCUUGGUUCGAUUGUCCGACGAUUCCUUUCGUGCUAAUACAGCUUUGUUGGGCAGGCGAGGAACCUGAAGCGGAGGAGGUGGAGAAUCUGCUCCGGAGCGUGGAGAAGUACACGCUCGCGAGUCAUCUGGUUUGGGGACUCUGGGGAAUAAUAUCGGAUCGUGUCAACGACAUCGACUUCGAUUACCAGGAGUACGCAAGGCAGAGAUUUGAGCAGUACUGGCAGAAGAAGCCUGCCGUCCUAACCUCAUGA